CGAUCUUCUUCGGAUGGCCCGAGGUUCAGUAAGAAAUAGACAUGCCACGCCCAUCUAUUUUGUCGUCUGCAGCAAUCAAUAUAACAGGGGACAUAAUCGGGUUGCUACGUUGGGCAUAAAAGAGAAGUAACCGCAUAUCAAAAAUCGCGUGACGUAUGGCGGGUAAUCACACCUGUAAUUUAUCAGAUAGUCGGCACACGAAACUUCAUUGUGUGAUGUUAAACUUCACAGAUGACGGACGCGCAAAUAACCGUUAGAUUAUUGUGGAUUUAAGGGAAUUACAUGUAUCAAAAUGAAAAGUAAUACGGACAAUGUACAUAAAUUAACUGAGGCGGUUUACAAGAAUUUGGUAGAAAACUUCAACUCUGGCGUGAGACAGAUACUGUUGACAGGGAAAGCCUACUAUAAAGCAUUACAAGCGGUUACAGUGACGGCUCAAGCAUAUAAUGAUGCACUUGGUCGGGUUGGGUCUGCGGCUAAAAUCUGCAGAGGUGGUACAGAGGAGAUAGGAGAAGCCAUACUUCAGAUUACAGAAGCUCAAAAAGAAAUCCACAACAGAUUUGAAGAUAGUACAAAGGCAUUAUUCACAGAGCUCAUUCUUCCUUUAGAACAAAAACUGGAAAAGGAUUUCAAAAAAGCUCAUUCGGAUGCAAGAAAGUACACACAGGAACAUAAAGUUGUGUUGUCACCAUAUAAUAAAGCCUGUGAAUCACUGAAGAAAUUCAGAAAGAAAACAAAGAACAAACUGGUUUAUGACAAUGAAAAAGAAGCACAGCACAUGAGAGCUCUUGGAAAGUGCCAAGAAAAAUUAGACCAGUACAGAAUACAAGGUUUAAAAUUGGCAUUGCUUGAGGAACGCAGAUGCCACUGUUUUCUUUUACAACGACUAUGUGCAAUUUCCCAACUGAAGGCAGCAGGUCAUCGGCAUGGAGUGGAUGUUUAUUCAUCACUGCCAGAAUGGCAACAGAUUGGUUCAAAUCCUCACAUUCUCCCACCAUCAGCUGAUCAGCUUCUUAUGGAAUAUAUGGAUGAGCCAUAUGAACCAAUGAAUGGAGGCCCUAGUUACCUUAGCAAUGGUUUUCUCCAUAGAGACGGACAGGAGAGUCAGUCAUUGUCACGCAGUAACGAGUUCAGAAGGUCAAAAAGUACCCAUGAUAUAUAUAGACAGGCCAACCAUUUUGAUGGAACAAAAACAUUGCCACCUAGAACAGCAGCCCCACUGCCCCCACGUAGCCAGGUACAGGCCAUGUACACAUUCACAGCAGGCCUGGAUAAUCAACUCAGCUUCAUGGACGGAGAUUUGAUCACAAUUAUGGGAGAGAACUCUGAUGGCUGGCAGUAUGGUCAGAACAGCAACACACAAAAACUCGGGUGGUUUCCACUGUCCUUCACACAGCCAGUAGUCAACAGCAGUCAAGACAGUCCGGACUUUAAGUUAAGUCCAAGCCAAAGAUAUAAGAGUAUGGGAGAUUUGCUGGACAGUCGGUCAUUGUCAGAGUACACGCACCAGUAUGAACACGACAUUCCUGGUAACAUACGAAGACCAAAGUCACUGUAUGAGGGACCACAGCACGGGACCUCAGCUCCACAGGCAGGUGGACCCCUGGUCUCUGUUAACACAACAUACAACCCAGUCCCUACCCACACACAAUACCCUACCCCCCUCCUGUCACAGGCAGACUGUGACAACAUCUACCAACCUAUUCCCAUUCCCACAGACAACAUACAGCAGUUGCACAGCUUGUACACAGGGAGAGACAUGUCUCCGCACCACACUUCCUCUAUCUACACCUCGUACGGGAGGCCCAUGCAGGACUCGCAUCAGAGUGCUGCCAGCAGCUACAGCCCACAAGUUUCACCACCCCUCCCUCCUCCCCCAUCCCCGCCAAGGUUUUCCAGUCAACACACAACCCCACACCACAACCCCUACACAACCGCUUCGCAGCUACAGUCUAGAGCAAGCACACUCCCAGCCCAAACCACAAGUGUACGAAGUAUGAUGGGAGCUCCCCCUCCCCCUGCUCCAGCUGCCCCGCCUCCAGCGCCUCCACCACCGCCCCCUCCAGUAGUCACAUCCAAGCAUGAUGUGCCCCCACCUCCUCCGGUACCUACACCUGGUACCCCAGGACCUAAACAGCCAACAUAUGUUUCAACUGCAUCAAUUCUUUCCCAGCAGAAUGCACAGCUUGCAGGUAACCCUCACAUGACAGGAGCAUCAAGGUUUGGAAGUCCAGCAAGACAACAGCCCAGUCAACCACCCCCACCCCCUCCUUCUUCACAAAGGGCUGACAUACAGGAUGGAGAAAUCGAAGAAAAUGUGAAUUACCGCAGUAACCCGAUGUUUGCUACAGUUUCACUACGACAGACAAAGACAAAUGAUAGGUCAGCACCCAAGAUCUGAUGAGGGACAAAAUGGUUUAAUGUGCUUCAAAAACUGUUUUUGUUGUUACUCUGCUUUCUUUCAUAGGUCAAAGAGAGAGUGGAAACUAUAUACAUAUGCUAGUGUUUUUUUCUGAUGAUCUUGACUGAAAACCUUAAGCUGAAAUUUGGCAAAAUAUUCUGCAUAUAUAUAAGCUUUAUUCUUCAUAUUUGCAAUAUGUUGCAAUGUAAAACCUGACAGUAUUCCAAAUUGAGGCAUAUAUUAUAAGAUUCUUUCACUGGUUGUAGGUUCAGAUGGGAAUAUCCGGCCUUGAGGGUAACUGUUUAGGCGGUAACGAGGCUUCUUGCCCGAGAGCCGGAUAUUACCCGAGAGCCGGAUAUUCCCAUCUGCACCUAUAACCAGUGACAGAAUCUUUUUCUUGCAUAUCGAUUUCAAGAAAUAAUAAUAAAAAUAAAAUCAAUCGAACGGCUUUCUUUUUAGAACUAUUUCAUAUGGCAGUGUAUUUAAACAAAGCGCGGAAAACCAACGUCCGUAAACAGGAAAGACGUCAUGACAUUUCAAAACAAAUAACAAUGUUUAGUUCCGGUUUUGUUUUAUCAGUUGCAGCGUAAUGAAUUUUUGAUAAAAUAACAUGAUUUGAAUCGAGAAAUAUACUAUCAGAAACCAAUAGGAAUUGUCAAGGUAUUGAAUUUUUAUUCCAUUUUUUAAAUGAGAUAUAUAUUAGUACAUAAAUAUUCUACAUAUAUGUAGUUCGUAAUACGUCAUUUACAGCACGAGAGUCACCUUAUACCCCGGGGUGUAAGAUGGAUUUUUCUAGCACCGGUAAAGAUAUCGGAAAUCCCCGUCUGGUAUGCAAGAAAUCUGUUUUCUUGUUAAAAAAUGCGGAAUUUGAAAUUGGCAGUUGAAUUUUUAAAAUUAAGGAGUUUUGUUAUGAGCUGUUUUACUAUAUUAUUGUUAUUGUACAGAUUUUAACUUACUGUUUCAUGUUAUUGUAUAUAUAAAAUGAAGCAUUCCAUUCUUUGUGAUAUAUGGAAAAGAUACAAAACUUUUUAUCAGUUUGUAAUGGAGGAAUUUUCAAAUGUAAUUUAUAUUAAUAUUACAGUUAUUGAAUAUAUUUUGUUAUUAAAUCACUAGGUAAGACCUUGUUAAUAUCUAGUUUGAUAUAAACACCAAAUAAGUGUUCCUUGCUGUUGCCAAUGCCAAGGUUUCAGCUUUGAUUUUCCUUCAAUGAUUCUUUACUGAACAUUUUUACAAUGAGAAGAGACAAUAAUAAAACAGAUGUAAAGUGCUAUUCUCAGUUGAAACAAAAUUAUUUGAACUAGAUGAAGAGAGACAACGUAAAUCAGUAUGAGUGAGUUAUGUCCCUUGUUAAUUAUCAGUUUGCCAGUUUUGAGUAUGUUUUUGGUAACAGGGUAUUGUGAAUCAUAACAAUAUAUUAUAAAACAAUGAUAUAUGGUUAUACAGUACAAUACAAUGUAUAAAAAUAUUGUGACAAUACAAUAAAACAAAUCUUAAGAUUACCUGGAAUUUAACAAGUUUCUAUUACACUAUUAGGACCUUACUAAGUAGUAAUGUUAGUGGGGUAGAAAUAUUUGUAUUGAAUAAUAUUAUUGCCCCUAUAUUCCUGAAAUAAGAACUCCCAACUUUUAAUCACCUUCGACAACUUUCAGUCAAAUUUAAACAUGACUAAUUGUAUAAAUCUUAGGUAAGAGUAAUGUAGUUUAUGUUUGUUUUUGUGAGUAUGCUGAGCCAAGUCCGUGAUGAAUAAUGACAAGAAGUUAAAUUGCACCAACAGGUUUAGUACAUUCAAGGAGGUCUGGUAUAAAUGAGUUUAGCAAAUCAUGUUUAGAUGCAACUGAUUUACUAGAGAGAAAAAAACUUUUGGAAUAGGUGCAAUAAUUGUUAAAUUGUUUCCAAAAUUUUUAAUUGAUUGCAUUUUAGUCACUUUUUAAUUUAGUUUCAUUGUUCCCAAGGUAAUACACAUUCAACCCUGUAUAUAUUAACCAUACAUAUGCAUUUUAAUGUAGUUUCGUUUCAGCAGUGUUUUAUUAUAAUUUUGUUUUGUUAAUGUGUUUCAAGGUAGAGUUUGUUUGUAUAAUCUGAUAUUGUUUAUUAUAUACCACUUUUAUAUUUACACAACCAUGUUUAUAGCUUUACUAUUAUUGACUUGUUCAUUUUUCAGACUGGUUCUACAGUUUGUGUAUAUUUGUUUUGUCUGUAACUCUCAGAUAUUGUCAGAGCAACUAUUUUUUGGGAUUACCUCGUUAAUUUUAGGAACCACCUGUACAGAUACCUACCUGAACAGGACUGUUUAUACCAAAAAGGACUGACAAGUGAAGUAGUACAAAAUAUAGUUUCAUGUUAUUGAUUAAAUAUGGUAUAAUGAGUCAUAUAAAAAUGUGGCAGUUAAAUUAUUUAGUAAUUAAUAUUGCUUAUUGUAUUGAGAAAAGAUCUAUACUACUUACAUUACGACUGUUCACGUUUUAUUCAAUGAGAAAAUGUCUACAUACACAUAAUUGCUUAACAGCAAAUUUCAUGGGAGCAUUUUCAGAGGGUGAUGUUUUUCAUAACAGAUUAUUUUACUUUUAUGUAAUAUAACAUCUCAAUAGUUCUUUUAUUUUAUGUAAGAAGACAUGUUGUACUAACUGGCUAUAAUAUUUGUAUGGUUUUCAUAACAUUGAAAUGCUCUGAAGUACUGACAAUGAGGUCUCAAGACUGAAAUUGUUUAUAUGAAAUAAAAAAGGAACUGAAUUGGUAUAAUGUAACCCACAGGUGCAUUUAGUAAAGGGUUUUUAUCACUUGAAUGCUUAAAGAGAACCUAUAUUUACAGUUAGACAGACAAAAUGAGGCCCUCAUGUUAAACACAUUAUGAAACUUAAAAAUUUCUGUUUGUGAUACAGUAACAUUGCUUGUACAAGCUUAAAUGUUGGCCUCCAAGAAAAGCUACUUGGGUCAAACUAAGAUGUAAGGAAUUCUCAGAGUAGGAAUUUGAAUAAAAAUUUACUGAUGAUUUUAACCAUUAAUUACUGUUAUCAUUUCAAAUGUUGCAAUGAAGAUGGUCCAUUCUUCCAAGUAUAUGCAAGGUUUGCUUCUACUGGUUUAGUUGUUUCUGGUUUGGUUAUAACCUAGACUAUAUUUUGAAUUUUUGGACCUUACCUUAUUGUUACCAUUGAUACCAGUUGAUGUUAAUACAGCUUAUAUAUGCAUAGCACAUUGUCAUAUAGAACACUUACACAAGAAUAUGAUGUCAAAAUGGCCACCUAAGCAGUGGUAGUCAUUUUGUUUGAGUUUAUAAUUUAUGGUAUAAGUGCAUGUUCUUGAGUACCUGUUUUAUGAUUUUAUUAUACUAUUAGCUAAUUAUUAAACAUGCAUAUUUAUAUCAUAUAUCAUUAUAUGCCUCCUUAUAUAAAUUCAGGUCCAGAGUUUGUAUUGUUGACCAGUCUAUAGUUCAACAAUAAAUUUUCUUGGGCUAAAAUCAAAACUAGAAGAAAAAGAAAUAUGAAAACUUAUUUCAGAUGUCAUGUUAUAAAACACUUACUGAUGCUUGCUAGUCAAUAGUCAAAACUAUUUACCCUCAGUCCUUUGGAUCUCGGGCAGUAGUUUUGACUAAAGGCUAGCAGGCCGUUCAAUAAGUAUAUACUACAUGCUUACUAUCAUUCUGACAUUUUCUGAACUUAACUGUUAUUGCUUAAAAUUGUAAUUUGAUUUUGAAAUUUCUUUCAAUGUUAUAAGAUAGUUGUAAGGAAGAGGAAUUUCAAACAUCUACUUGUAAUGAUGCAUUCCUUUCCCCCCAUAUAUCUUAAAUUACCUUGUAGAAGCAAUUUUACGGAUUGUAAAAUAGAAUUCUGCUGUGGUGUAGUUUGCCCUACAUCUUGUGAAUUGUUUAAAAGAAAUGACUGAGUUGUUCAGCACAAUGCUGUACAGUAAUUAGCAUCAUGAGUUUGAUGAUUAAGUUACAUUGUGUCUAAACAAUGUAGACUAUACCAAAAAUAAAGACUGGAAUCACAACAAAGUAUGUGAGUGAAUGAAAUUUGAGGUUAACAGGAAAAAGUAGCUGAGAGAUUUAAAUGACUUAGUAGGGGCAUAUGUCUGUGAAACCCAGGAACUGUCUGUCAUCUGUUUUGCUCUCUACCAGUGUUUCACUUAUGAUUUGUCCCUGCCCCACCAUCUGUCUGACCAUCAGUCAUACAAAAUAAAAGAGUUUUUCAUAAAAUUUGUUAAGUAUAAAAAAUCCAUCUUGCAGUAGGGGACUUUCAUUGCUGGCCAGUAGUGUUGUUUUCUUUUUAAUAUGCUUCAAUUCGACAUGCCAUUUAGGAGAAGAAAGUAUGCAGGGUUUAGGCAGAAUAGCCGCUCGUGCAUUCAAAUAUGAGAAAUGUUGAUGCAAUGUAUGUUCAGUAACUUUUAAAGUAUAAUCACAUUUUGCAUAUUGUCAGUUACUUCCUUUCGUUUUGGAAUAAUGAGUUCAUUCUUGAAGAAAUGCUAGUCUGCUUCUCUGAUUUAAGUAACACUUGAAGAUUUCAAAUUUUGUUUCUAGUGAAACACUCGAAGCUUCAUCUUUAUUCGACAUGCCAUGGUCCGGAGCUUCAUCUGUAUUCGACAUGCCAUGGUCCGGAGAUUCUUAAAGGCAUGGUAAUCUGUCUACUGAGUGUUUUUGCAUUAAUCUGUACCUCGUAAGUGGGUUAAAAUUAAAAUGGUAAACAUAUUUAGCGCUUUUUCCCUCAUCCGUCAGAGGUUAGUCCUGGACCAGAGAACCGUAGUAUACAUUUGUACUUCUGUUAUCAGGAAUUUAUUUUAUGUCGGCCUCAAUGAUAAAUGUUGUGUAGAAAAGAAUUACAGAUUUUAACAGCAUAUGCAGUGAAUUAAGUUUUUAGGAACUUGGUCCUUGCUCUGCCAGAAAAAAGUUAUAUGCUGAUAAUACUUCUAUAACUUUCAGCAAAUCUUGACCUACAAUAUGCCCCUGGUUCGCGUUAGAUCAGUGUUUAUUUUGUAACUGUCUGUAUAUACGGGUUUUGAAGGAGUUAUAAUUGUUGAAUCCAGCAUACACUUGCUCUCCUCUGACACUUCACACUACAUUUUUGGUGCUAAUGUUUGUGUUCGUGCAACCAUGUUUACGUGAAAUAUGAAGUCGGGUAUUUGUUUUAUUAUUUGUAUGUUUGACGAAACCGUUCAACUCUUACCUUGUAUUGAAGUAUGUCUUGUUGAAAUAAAAGUUAUCAUAAAG